GCAGCAUCAAAGCCGGCCCUGGCCAUCACCACGGAGCGCUCCAAGUCCUGUGACGAUGGCCUGAACACCUUUCGUGACGAGGGGAAGCUCCUACGUCUCGGGACGGCUGAAGACUCGAGAUCAAAGAGGCACUCGACCUCCGACCUCUCAGACGUGACAUUCAGCGACCGCGCCUUCCCCGUCCCCCCCGCCCCCUCGUGGUCCCUGUGCAAGGACAGGCGGGAGGCCGUGACCUACGCGCCGCCCCCAGGUGAGGAGGAGCAGCCGAUCAGCGUCCGAGCGAGCCUGGUGGACAUCUCCUACAGCGAGACCAAGAGGAAGCACGUCUUCCGGCUGACGACCGCUGACUUCUGUGAAUAUCUCUUUCAGGCAGAGGAUCGGGACGACAUGCUGGCCUGGAUCAAAGUCAUCAGGGAAAACAGCAAAGCCGAGGGCGAGGACCCCGGGUUUGCAAGCCAAGCACUUAUCAACAAGAAGCUAAAUGACUACCGGAAAGUGAGGUAAGGGCCCCGGGCGCCUGCCCGGCUGGGGGAGCAGCCCCUAAUGGUUAGGGCACUAGCCUGCGAAGUGAGCCAGGUCCCUGCUCUGACACAGACCUUGCGUGUGGCCUUGGGCCUGUCACUUAGCAUCUCAAGGGGCCAAUAGGCUGGGAGGGUGAAUGCUGUAGCGGUGCACAGCUCCUGCACAGGAGGGGGCCGGAGAAAUAGAGGGGCCCUAGCAGAGCGACACUUCCGGAAAUUACCCCACUAAACCAAACCGGUUUCAGGCAGCGGGUGAAUCCGGUUUGAG